GGUUGCACCAUCCGCGCUGUGAUUGGAUCAGACACGGUAGUGGGAAGUGGCCGUACGCCGGUGUCUCCCUGGUUGCGCAAGACGCCAUUUUGGAGUGACAGUGAAAGAUAACGGAACGAUCGAGAAGCUGUCUUUUCUAGAGCUUUGCCACCAUGGGGAAUGUAUUUGCAAGCUUAUUCAAGGGCCUUUUUGGCAAAAAAGAGAUGAGGAUUCUUAUGGUCGGCCUCGAUGCUGCUGGAAAAACAACCAUCCUAUAUAAACUGAAGCUUGGAGAGAUAGUCACCACCAUUCCCACCAUUGGUUUUAAUGUUGAAACUGUAGAAUACAAGAACAUCAGCUUCACAGUGUGGGAUGUGGGCGGUCAGGACAAAAUCAGGCCGCUGUGGCGCCACUACUUCCAGAACACUCAAGGGCUCAUCUUCGUGGUGGACAGCAACGACAGGGAGAGAGUGAACGAGGCGAGGGAGGAGUUGGCCAGAAUGCUCGCUGAGGACGAGCUCAGAGACGCCGUGCUGCUCGUUUUUGCAAAUAAACAGGAUCUCCCCAACGCUAUGAACGCUGCCGAGAUCACAGACAAGCUGGGCCUGCACGCCCUCCGCCAGCGCAGCUGGUACAUCCAGGCCACCUGCGCCACCAGCGGGGACGGCUUGUACGAGGGCCUGGACUGGCUCUCCAACCAGCUGAAGAACCAGAAAUGAUCCAUUCCACCAGUUUUGUUUUUUGUUUGUUGUUUAUUUUUUCUGUUUCAACACAGCGGCAGCACCGGACCCAGGCCCCUUCGCUCCCAUCUAACCCGACCUCCAGCCCCAGCUCUUUCUUUCAAGAACUUCCUUCAUUCCCUCCCUCCUGCUUUCUCCCCCUCGUCAGUACUCUUGGGGCUCUAGCCUGUGCUGCUUGUGUGUGCGUGUGCGUGUGGGCGUGCAUGUGUGUGUGUGUACCUUGUGUGUUCAGCGAGUGUGUGUGGGUGUGAAGGCGUCUCUGUGUAUGUUGGCUGGGAUUGGGAGUAACCCUGGCGUGCCUUUUACACACCUCCUGUGGAAUCAGCAGUCUGGUUUUCAAGCCCCUCUCUCCAUCCACCAAACUCAGCCUCCGCCCCACUCAGCCUACCCCCACUCCAAGUCUUGCACGGCCCCCUUCUCCCCCACCCUUACUCUCCAGAGGAAGCAUGGUUUUCAUACGGCAAAGAAAGAGCAAGGGUGCAAGCUCUCCUCCCCCCCCUUCCUGUAGUAUAUAUCUAUGUUAACUAGAAAUGUCCACCUGAUGUAGACUGAAUGCUAAAUGUUCAUUUUAACCUCAUUUUGAUUUUAAAACCUCAAACCCACCAGUAAGAGAUUCAGUAAAUUGCAUCUUAACCUGUAUCAGGUCGAAGCAAAUCAAAAACAGAAAAAGAGGACAAAAAAAAAAAAAAAAAGCCCAUCCUCGAUCAUUCUGGUGUCAUUUGAAAAUCAUGCUGUUUGUUUUAUUAUUAUUAUAUUGGAAUAUAACAUAUUAUUCUUAGCAAUGGUUCUCCAAUGAACACUACCUUUCUCCCCCCACUAAGAGAGACCGUGAAGCACAAGGCAAGCCAACAAUCUUAAAAAAAACAAAGAUCAAAAUUAGAAUCUGCGAUGAUUAUGCAAGUCUCAGCUUUUCAGAUUCGUUUGGUAGCUGGAGUUUAAUUCCCUCGGUAUCAAUUGACUGAUCAUCUACUUCCUGUAGGUCAAAAACAAAGGUGUUGGGCAUUUCACAAACUGAGACAGGUGUCCUGAUACAUUCACAAGCUUCACAUGUUAUUCCUUUAAGAGAUGUUACAUGUGUUUUUUUUUUUUUUUUCUGUAACUAGUUUUAGCAUUUCUAUUUGUACUAUGACUGCUGAACCAAAUGCAUUUGAGCAGUAUGACAAAUCCUGUAUAUGAAAGUAGUGUUUCCUCGAGGGCCUGAACUGAUCUUGACUGAAGAGGUUUUCUCUCACAAACGGUUGGCAGUUUUAUUUUGAAAAUAUGAAGGCAUCCAGCUGUCUAAUUUUCCUGGUUGGGAUGAAGGAUUGGCACCAAAUAUGAAGGCUUUUUAACUGUGAACAGCCCAGACAUGGUGAAACAGUUUUCAUGUCUGGUUGUUGACGGGCUACUGCACAUUAGAGCACUGCUUACUUCAUGACUGAACAGACCAACACAAAGAGCACUCGGUCGGUAGCUCGUCCGUGAGCUGGAAGGACUUGGCGGUAGACCUGUUAAUGGGGAAGCGGUGUGCAGUUAACUGGUCGUGAGAUUCAGCAGGCGUUCUCAGUGUUGAACCACGGGGGGUUAAGCUGGCACUUCUGUCAAGGAUGAUUGUAAAUCUGUAAGUUCCCCUGUAAACUGUUUCCGUGGGGAUUUCCUGAACACAUUAAUAAACAUGAUUUGAUCCAACAGUUA